GCAUUAUCUACCCUGGCUAAGCUCUUAAUCCCUGUUUCCAGAAAUUCUAUCUUCUACUUCACUGGAGCUCGUUGCUGGUUGCUCCCGAGCAACAUUCCAUAGACAACCUCACGAUGCAGCUACACGAACAACAUUCGCAGGGUUCGCUCAACCAGCAGAGUCGCAGCAUGACCAGGAAGCAGAUGCUACAGAAUCGCCGGAAGACGCUUCAGACGGUUGAUGAACUUUCAUCACAACUGCCUGAAUCUUCGGAUUGGGACAGCGCGUCGCGCAGUGGGACCACCAACACCGGUAGCAUGGAUAGUCGAAUCAGUCAAGGACUCAGCGACUCCUCAGAAAAGUCUCGGAGAGAACGACCGCGGACUUUUGGCUACGGACAUGAGCUCCAAUCCAAACCUUCAAUUGUCAUCACAGAAGCUGAGCCUUUGCCAGCUCGACGUUCGUUAACCGCUCCUGUGGACUGGCAACAGGAACAACCAAGGCCGGGCCAAACAAAUGAGUCUGAUCGUAAUCGCCUAUCCGCGAAGCAUGCACCUGGAACUACAUCAAAACAAGGCAAUCCGAAUCCAAAUCAGCAGAGAAGGCAUUCGGGACCUGGAAGUUUCUACACUUCGAUUAGUUCAACUAGUCGCCAAAACCAGAGUACACAACAGAUUCGCGCUUCACAUAGCAAAUCAAUCCAACACCACAAUCAAUCAGCAGAUAGACAAAGAAACCAAAAUGCACAGGUCAAGCCUCACGCAGACAAACAGAGGCAGCGGAUUCACACAGGCAGUUCCUCUGUUCUUCCUUCUCUGUCUCCGUUCCCAAUCACGAAACCUAGUGCUGCCCAGAUCAGAGGAUACGGAAACCAGCAACAAUUGUUGCAGAAUAGUAGAAGCAUGAAUCAACUUCGCAGUCAUCAGCAUCUGAAUAAACGAACCAGCCAAGCUAGACUUUCCAACCUGCAGUCUGGAAAUGCAAGCGUGGAUGCUCAACUGCUCCAACAGGCCAGUGGUAACAAGACGGCGAAAUCAAAGAUGCCUCAAGACCCAAUCUCCCGACCUCGCUCUACCCAAUAUGCGACGCUUCCAAUCCACCCCCAAGGGAUCAACCAGAAUCAUCAAAUGCCGCCGCUCUUCCGAACACCUCGAUCAAUGACUAGCCCUCCACCUGGUCAAUACAACUUUCCUCUGCCACCAGCAAGUGCUGUCACUUCCAACCGAGCAUCUCGUUCAUCCCUCCCAGGUCGGUCGUCGAAUGUUCGCUCAUCAUCCGCGCACUCCACUAUGACCGCCGCCACAUCCGCUUCAGCUGGCACCAACCGCUCCAGCAAAUCACGAAAGUCCACCGGGUCCCGAAACAGCUAUUCCGGACAGUCACACAGACACCAACAAGGAGUCACCCAAGAGCAUCUCGAAGCCCUCGCUGCACUAACAGGGGCAUCGCCAACACAAUCACACGAGCCCACAACCCCAGAAAGCAUCGCAUUCCAGCGGAAACUGGACGAGAAGAUGAGGAGAGCUAGCGUGGGCUCUGAACACCAGUCCCGCGCAUCGUACGGCCAACAGACGAAACAGUCCUCCAAGGCCGGUUCGAGGGUGUCGGCGCACAGCUAUGCGACGACCGCUGCUACCACUGCUACCAGAGCCAAUGAACAGGCCAUGACCCCGGAGAGUGUACGGCUACUGCGAGAGCGGGAGAAGCUCCUUCGGUGGAAAGCGGAAAGGGAGAAGAAAGAGUUCGAAAGGAGGGAGCGGGAGAAGAUCAGAGAGAGGGUGAGGAGGGCGAAUGCGUUGGAGUUGGAGAAAACGAUUGAGCUGGAGAAACAACAGAAGAAAGAGAAAAGGAAGAGGGGUUGUUUGGGAUUUCUGGGACUCUGAUCAUCAGGUGGUCAUUCCCGGUCCUUUCUUCUGGAUUCGUCCUCUUUCAUACCACUGCCCUUACCACUUUUCUCCAUUACUUGUCUGACUUAUACAUUUUCCUUGCAAGUUUCUACACAGCACCAUCAUCGACGAUAACUUUUCCUUGAGUCACGAUCUCCACGGCACUUUGAUUCG